AUGCCUCUGAUCGAAGAGCUCCCGAUCACAUCAGGAGCGGCGCGGCCAUCUCAUGGCUGGCUAUACGUGCCCGACACGGCGGCGCCGGCGCCCAUACCUGCGGUGGCACUGGGCUCACGCAAACGAGGCCGAGACGGGAUGGCGAGCGCGCAAGCACAAGCGCAAGCGGCGCACAAGUUGUCGGCGAAGCAAGAGAAGGCCAUACAGCAGCGGCUGAACGAUCUGGCCAAAGAGAACCAUCGCGAAGCCAACAUUCCCGUGCCCAAGAGAGAUUCUGGCUCUGGCGGGCGAGUAGGAGGGGGAGGGGGAGUAGGGAAAGAUCGAAAAGGAAAAGCAACGCCGAAUGUCCGCCGCAUCCUGGCCUACAGCCGGACAUUCCAGCACUAUCUUGCCGACGAGGAGGCUGGAGUCAAUGUCUACGGGAGUGCUGGCAUCGUGGCGCCCGUCAUGGGCCCUCCACCACACUGGGCGCAUGGACAUGUGCAAAAGACGGCGGACUCGAGACGAUUAGGGACGGGGACAGCGACUGGGAAGGAAAAGAACAAGCAAACGCAAAAGGAAACGCAAAGACAAACGCAUACACAAAAGGAAAGGGAAAGGGAAAGGGAAAAGCAAACGCAAACGCAAACGCAAACGCAAAAGGAAAAGGAAAACCCGACACCGCGUCGCACAGGACCGCUGAAACAAACGGGCUCGACGAUGACGAAAGGCGUCAAGAGUGAGAAUGAGAAUGAGAAUGAGAAUGAGAAUGAGAAUGAGAAUGAGAAUGAGAAUGUCCGACCUAACGACGUGGACAUGUCGGACGCUCCGGCAUCAACACCAGCACCCUCAUCUACACAACCACAAUUGCAAUUGCAACAACCAGAGUCGCAAUCCACGACAGCAAACGAUCAAUCGUCCCAGCCACAGGAACAGGAACAGGGGUUGGAAUCGACGCCGACGACGACGCCGACGCCCAGCUACGACCCAGCAUUAGACCGCGACCCGCUCCUACGGACGCGCGACGUGCCCAAAAUGCCCUCGGAGCGCGUCAUGCUGGCUCUGCUGGCCGAGCCGCCGCUCAGCUACACGGCGGCGCGGGCGAAGCCGCUCGACGACCCGGACCGGUCGAUGCGCCUAGGGAGCAAUGCCGGCCUGGCGCGGCCUCCGCGCUGGUUCUGUACUGUCUGCGGAUACUGGGGCAAAGUGCGCUGCAAGCAUGGCUGUGGCGAGAGGGUGUGUGGCCUGCUCGAGUGCUGGAGGGCACAUGAGGGUGUUUGUGCUCUAGGUGUCUAUUGA